AUGCCUAGAGGAAGAAAGCAACCUCAUUCAGGAAAUCCAGCCACCAUUGCAUCAAGUACAUCCAAGGCAGCUACCACUACCAGCAGUCGAUACAGCAGAAAUUCCGAUUCCGAAUCAGAUUCCGAAUCAGAUGUCAAGAUAUCACAAGAUCAGCCUUCUGUUGGAAUCACGCCUCGUGCCUGCUCGCAUGAUGAGCAAGAAAAUGCCAAGCGCAAGGCUUGCGAUUUGAAUCAUGACGUCAAUGACGACAUGAAUUCAGUUAAUGACAAGAACGUGUCAUUGAACUCUAAAUCAUCCGUUCGUCAUUCUAACUAUCAAAUCGUUAACACCUACACAACCAAGCUGGCAAAUUGUAUUUCUUCAUCGAUACUCGCUAAAAGAACAGCUCGCGAUCAAAGGCGACUGUAUUAA